AUGAAGAGCGAUAGUAUGACACCCUCUAGAGUUAGUGAUAUACUAACACCUUUGUUCCACGAACAAAGAACUAAGAUACGCGCACAAAUUGAAACAGAACAGCGAGAUCGUGAGAAGGAAGCACUUGGAGAACAUAGUGGCAUUAGUGCAUCCCUCUUCUUUAAGAAGUUAGAACUACCGGCCUUCUGUCAGAAAGUUACAGGCGAGCCUAAUUUGACAGUUUUGCGUAUGCUGUUUAAGUAUUUCAAUCACAAUGGUAGGUUGGUAGAACUUACGCUGUAUAAUAGUGAAGUUCGAAAACGUGUAGCAAAAGCGAUGGAGCUUACCGAGGAAGACCUUGAUCAAGAGGAGGAAGUGGAGACAUCACGCAAGGGUUCACAGAAACUUUCUGUGUGGGAACAAUUUGUAUUGUUUAUGGUGAUAUUUACGUAUUGUCGUGAUACUAUGACUGUCGCCAGUGCAUUGUUCGACGUGCACGAGUCUACCGCGCGUUGGUAUUAUAUCACUUACACCAUAGCUAUGUUUCCGACAGCACAGCAGGCAGCAAAAUGUACACCGGAGCGCACGAAAGUAGCACUUGACCUGCAUGAUAAUAUUGCACUAUACAUUGGGGAUUGUACCGGAGAAAAGAUUGAAUUAUCUGCUUGUGUCUCAAACGAUUUGUAUUCUGCAGCAUUUAGUGAGUACAAAAACUGUACAACAGUUAAGCACAAUGUUAUCUCCUGUGGGAAUACAUAUGUGCGUGAUAUCACUAAAGGAUAUUGUGGUGCAUCCACCGAUAACGGUAUACAUAACAACGAAUUGUAUGGGAGUAGAAUGAGAUGUCUCAGCAGUGUAGCUGAUGAGGUGGCAAAAACAAUACACAUUUGUUAUUUAUACGAUAAGGGACUGACUGACAGCAAAUCUCUGCUCAUCUCUGUGUAUCCUGCUAUCAAGUCUGUGAAUGGCUGGUUGGCGUUUACUUUUUUACCCUUUGAUCGUUUAAUCCAAGUCUUCACCCCAUCCGUGGAUCCAGUUGAUCCUAAUUCCACCAUGCGUUCUAAGACAGCUCUAACAUGUACACAAUCUGUAUGA